AUGGCAAUUCUUACUCGGCACGAUGAAGAGAAGACGGGACUGGCUGAGGAGCAAGAGGGGAAGGGUGUUGCAACGGCGGCGGUUCCCCAGAAGGUCACCCCAGAUCACCCCGGGUCACCCCCAGACGGCUGGGUACGGAAGCGCGCCGCGCUGCCACGUGAGCCAUGGAGCCAUGUUAGCACUCAGGUGUCCCGCAAGAACACCAGACUUGACGAGAUGGCCAUGCUCCUUGCACAGUACGACCAUGCACCGUUGCGGUCAGCAACAAGCGGCAACGAGAUGCCUCUCGAGGAGGUAUGGCGUAGACUUGGGUUGUAG